AUGAAGAGUUUAAGUGUUGUUUCAUGGCACCAUCAAACGCCUGAAAGGCGACCCCUUAAGCGUUCACGUCUCGGUCCACCUGACGUCUAUCCGCAGGAUACCAGGCAAGAAGAAGACAAUUUGGGUGCAGAUCGUCUCAAAAAAGGGUAUCAAGUAGCAGUUACGUCAUAUGAACACGAAUCAAUUGUUUGGAACGUUAAGGUUCCAAGAUUCGAUCGGCCACCAGAAGAGGCGAUGACGCGUGGUGCACAGAUAGUAAUGCAAAUAUUGAAUAAAAAAUUAGAAUUAAAUGCAAAUUUGGACAAAGAACGCAAAAGGGCGACCAAGGAUGGAGUAUUUCAAAAUUUUUCACAUACGGUUAGACAAGCAGACAAGUCAAAAGAACGUAAGGAGUGGUUCACGGACCUCGCGAUCGGUAAAUCCUUGGCAGUACUAGCCAAAAGGCCGCCGUUUUUUCGCAAGAAAGAAGACGCAUUAGAAUAUUUAUGUGAUUUCAAAGUACCAAUUCAACGCGCAUUGUGGUUUUUGAAGUUGAUUGCGAUUGGUCAAGGCAUUGCAACGAAUGUUAAUAAACAGAAGAAGUCAACAAAUGACCAACUUGCUUCGGAACAUGCAUCAUUAUUCACGAAGUACAUAAAGGUGAUGCUAUCACAAAUGAGUGAUAGUGCAAAAUUGGAUACGAAUAUUGUUUAUACGGAACGAUGGCCACAUUUCGUUUGUAUCUGCAAGCAUGCAUAUGAGGAUGGUAUGAUCGAACGACAAGAAUUCUUAAUGGAUUUAUGUGAUAUAUUCGCUGAUCGUUUCUUACAACGCUCAGAUAAACCGCAUUUCUUAACGUUAUUUCGUUUAUUUUUAACCUUUUUUUCGCAAUAUACCGAUCAAAUAACACAAAAUUUAUUAUUGUCAAGAAGAUGUGCGUUCUUGGUUGCCAAAAGAUUGGCGUUGAAUAAGAAAGAAAUGGAGGACGGAGUUGGAAGAGUUGUUGAUAUGAACGAAAUGUUUGAUGAGAUGAUUCAAUGCCAAAAUCAACGUUCUAUUAUCCUCAUACUUUGUGGUAUGUUGUACGCUAUUCUAAUCGAUUGUCCCGGUGCAUUAAUUUGGAAUAAUUUUCAAGUGGCAGAAGGUCGACCGCCACCGUUAUUGCAUAAUUUAUGCGGUUCACCAUUAGACGUUUUACCAUGUUCGAUCGAGUGCUUACCGAUCCCGCAAGGUCACGGCAAUGACAAACUCAGUGAACUAAUACAGCUGAGGGUUGUCGAGGUGAAGAGACGAAGCCGUGCUGUCGACAAUCACUGGUCCAUUAAUCAUUCACACAAAGCUGGAUUCGCAUUAAUCGUGCAAACAUGUUUGGAAAUUCUUGGUGCGUUAGAUGCAGCGAGGUUGGAUCAGCCAAGGGCUAUCGAGAAAAUUUAUAAUCAAAUUUUCAAUAAUUCAUAUCGUGAAAAAUUUGAUCAUGAAGACGCGAUUCGAGUAAAAGUUUUAAUACAUUGGGCAGUAACGGUUGAACGAGAAGGUACCUAUCGAGCAUUGGUUGUGGCGAGUGUACUUGCAUUGCGGGUCAAUCAUAGGAAGGGUUUCAAAUUCGGUGAACGUCAUUUGCAAGAUAUCUUAUUGGAGUAUUUGGAUACAGAAGGACCGAAGUUUGGUGAUGAGUACUUUCACGAGGAAUUCGCCAAUUUGAUGCAUUUGUUUAUGGAAUUACAAAGGGCUGGUGUAUUUUCACAUGAUUCUUAUGUGAAAGGUUUGAUUACAACUGGUGAAAUGAGCGAGCAGUUACCGAUUAUGACUCUUAUCAAGAAUCGAAUACAACAAAGUGUUAGUGUUUUGAAUCAACGGAAUGUGAAUGCUGAUAAUAUGUUCAGUGGAAUGAACAAUGAUGAAAAACGCUUUUUAAUGUCGUCAUCAACAAAUUUAUUAGUGAAUAUGCCAUUAGAAGCAGAUGAUGAACAUCCUUUCAUGGGUUAUGAAGUCACUUCACACGAACGUUUCUUAAUUCAUUUGUCAGUUCCGCAAACUAAUGAAUAUCGCAGUGAAUGCAAUCAGAGAGCGUUGUUACUGUACGGAAUAGGUGAACAACGAGACGUGAUAAAGAACGAACUGAAGAAAGUGGCACGUGAGAUUGCGAAGAUAUGGACAAAACGUAUCGUCAUUGAGUUCUCGUUCUCGAAACCAUCCGAAAUUCGUUUCAAAAAGCGCGCAAGUCGUGAUCAAAUCAAUGAGGCACUUCAAAAAUUCAAAUCGCAGACGUAUUAUGAUCAAUUAGUGUUGUGCGGUUGGUGCUGCGAUAAUUUUAUUCUAAUGAUAACCGAUUUCGUUGAUGGCCAUAGUGCAGUGUUACCAGCAGCUGAAGGUUUCGAUGUGUUAUUGAACAUGAUGGAACAUUGCAAGAAUAUUUACGGUAUUAUGGAACUUGCUGAGGAGUUGUUGCCGUUACUGGCGUCGGUUGAGCAGGUGUUAUCAGAACGUCGUGUUGACUGUGUUCCUUCGAUUGUGUCCACACACCUUGGUUAUAUACUCUGUUCAUAUAUUAGUCACAACUAUUAUUAUUUUAUUCACUCUGAAAACGCACCUGAAAUUGUUAACGGAUUGUAUAACUUGAUAGAGAAUCAACUAAAAUCAACAGAAUCGUGUCUCACCGGAUGGGGUCGGUCGAUAGGUAUAUUCGUACUGAAUGCCAAACAACAAUUAAUUGAAUGUGAUUUAAUCAGCAAUAAAUUGGUCGAUGCCAAACGUGAUCUAUUAAAACGUUUAUUACCAUCCAUUCAACAAACUAAAUUUUCCACUUCAAUCACUUCGGCCAAAUAUAACGCACAUCUUUUCAAGGAAUUUCUGGAUGAACCGAAAAGGAUGUUCUCAUUCAAUGAUUAUCGUCGAAUCAACGCGUUAAUAAAUGAUGAAGAAGCACGGUACAGUUUCGUGAUUAGUGCGUUGAAUGCUGCCAGACAGUGCGGUAACGACUACGAUAAACUCGUCGAGUUGUCGAAUAUCUGUUCGCAUUUAUCGUCACAGGCAAACAUCUGCAACGAAUGGUGUGGUGCCCUUCAAGCGUUGUGCUGUUCGAGUGUAGCUGGUUCGAAUCAUGGAUUUGCUGAUCUCUUUCUUGUUAUUAAUGUUGAAGAUUCAAAGUGUCAUUACAGUAUUGCAACAUUUUAUAUGCUACUCGCCUCUCGUAAUUGUUUCAGCAUGAAUGCCCUAUUUUAUCAGCUAUUGCAGUCUGUGUUUUCGUCUCUAUUAAAGUCUGAUUCGUCGAAAACAGACGUUGAUGCGGAAGCGGGUGUGUGUUUAGCGUUACUGGUUAUUGCUGAUAUGGUAUGCCAAAACGACGAGCCAAUUAUACUAUCAUCUUUAUAUACGGGUGAAAAAGAGCCACGAAAGCAUUUGUCGGGGAUGGCUGAUAAAUGGGCAUUAUCAGAGGGACAUUUGCACGAUAUUGGCGAAUCAAUGUUUGAGUUGCUUCUGACAAUAUCGAUAAUAGCAGAUUAUACGAAGAAUAAACUCAGAGAUCGUAUUGAAGAUAAAGGAGAACAUAAUUUUCGUCGUGAAUAUAUAUCGCAAAUAUCAAAAGGCGUUCUGAUGGCAAUGUGCGAACAGGACUGGGUUACUCAACGCAUCUAUCGUGUCUGUGAACAAACCAAUAUGGAUGUAUUCAAUUCGCAUCGUCUCAAGAAGAAUUGUUUGGGUCAACAGCUGUUACGUAUGGCACUGCGACGUAAAUGUGAACGAUUAAUUGUGCAAGAGUUGACAGUUUGUAAUGGAAAUUCAAAGAAAUCACUAAUCGACAAACUGCUCUCAGUUUUGAAUAUUUGGAAUAUACGUGCCACAUAUUUCGAUCUUAAACUCAUGAUCAAAGAGAUAUCACCAGAAGGCUCGAGCAGUAAGCAUGCACAACAAGGGGCGAUAGCAGCUGAUGCUCUGAUUGCCGAAAUUGGACGAUGUUGUCGCGAUUUAUUCACUAGUAAAAUCGAUAAGAAAUUAACUGACGCAGCUAUUGGAAAAGCGUUCAGAUUGAAACACAUUACCAACUACUGGUUGAUAUCGCCGUUAAUUCGUUUAUGCCCGAAGCCCGGUAAUUUACCAGCAUCGUUUCCUGCCGUAACGGUACAAGCCAAAUUCCUUAAAGAGGCGGCAUCGAUGUUGGAUACGGCAACUGAUUGCAGUAGAGAACGUAUCCAACAAAGUGCGUGGUUGUUAAGUGAAGAACCGUUUUUAAACUUGGUAUUAACGUGUUUGAAAGGUGAAGAUCAACAGCGUGAUUGUCUUGUUGGCUCAUUAUUAAAGCAACUGCAAGAUUUGGUGGCUAAAACAAAAGACAAUGCAACACUGCCAUAUUUGCGCAAAUUCGCAACGGAACGUGAAGGUCUUCUAUUGCGAUUAUCGUUAAUCGGCGGUAUGUUUGAUUCGGUGUGUCAACAAAAUAGCUGUGAUGCUUGGGCAUUACUUCUCUUUCAACUCAUGUUAUUUGGUAUUGUUUCGCGAGAACGUGAUAGGUUUUUAUUUGAAUCAUGUUUCGACAUGCUGAGCACAUUAUUGGUUUGGUCGAUUACCGAUCCAAUGAAUGCAGUACCCGUAAAUUCACAAGAUCCAGACACAAAGUAUCGUUUCACUAAUUAUUGCGUCAUCGUUAAAAAACUGAGAGUAAGUUUCAAAAAUCGUUUUAUUAUAUCUCUUUACUCAGCUAUAUUAACAGUUUUCAACAAUCAUUUUGUGUUCUUGUCAUUUGACUGUGUUAUGAAGGUCAGUCUUGUAAUUGUAAUCGGGAAUGAAUUGAAGAAAGAGCUGAACGAGCGUGCGUUGAUCCCCGAACUGCGCUGUCUGAUGCAAUUUCUGCCCAUACCCAAGCCAGCUUUCGAACUAAUCACUUGUGAACCGUAUGGCACUCUACCAAUCUCUCCACAGAAACUGUCGAAAGGUCAGAUUGGUUCAUCACCCGUUAAAGCUAACAAGCAAGGAUUACAGUUCGCUGAAAAAAUAAAAAUUUCGUCCUAUGACAUGGUACAAAACUUCAAUUCGGAAAGCUCGUUGAAGCGCACCUGGACGUGGACAAUGUUUCAAGCGGUGAAAUUGGAUCGUUGUCCAGUUGCAGUUCAAAAGCAUAUUCAACGUCUUAUCCAGCAUGCACAUUACAAUGAGUUUGUUCGACCCACCAUCUGUGGUAUGGAUAGACCACCGAAUCUGGAUAUUUACCUGUCACCUCCAACGAUGGAUGUCUCUGAAACACCAGUGAGCAGCGUUCAUCAUGUCUCGUCAAACAGCACUCCUGCAACAACCACCUCCACAUCUGUGACAGCAGCUCAAAUGUCUGUACCGUCACAAGCACCGUCCAAUGAGCCGAUGAUAUUCGCAGGUCAGGUUGGUGCAGUGCAACAGUUACCUGAUAUGGGUCGUGUUCAAGCUACUGCCUCACCUCGUGGUAGCAGAGGUGGACGUCGAAAAAAUGCAGGAGGAUUAUCGACACGUUCACAAGGAACAACCCGUAAGAAAAAGACGGCUGAACAACUGGCUGCGGUGGUUGGUGCAGUGUCAUCGAAUGCAACUGCAUCAUCGCAAGCUGUUCUCACUGGUACAGCUCCUGCAGUUACCGCUGCUGCUUCAAUUGCUGGCGGACCGGGGCAAGGUCAGGCACCGGCGCAGGCUUAUGGAUGGGGUUCUGUUGGUCCGCCUGGCCAAGCUCCUCCACCAUCGGCUCAGCCACCCGGAGGUGUAAAUCAAGCAACGCAGUCACAACUUAUGCAUGGUGCACCUCCUCAACAGUUUCCAUCGAAUCAACAAGCACUUGAGGAUUCAAAGACGAAGAUCCAUACGAUGAUCCUGAAACGUCAAGCACAAGCUGCAUCUGGCAAUACUGCCUCACAAAACUUCCAAGGAAUGGCGUCUGUGUCGGCCAAUCAAAAUCAGUACGGUGCAAUGAUGAUGAAAAUGGAUGGUAGUUCGAUGCGGGUUGAUCAGCAGCAAUCUUAUCCUGCUGGUGCACCGCCGCAGUUAUCCAUGACUCAGGAUCAAAAUGCUCAAUUCGGUGCUCAGCAGCGUAACUAUACAGCUCAACAAUCGCAACCAAAUGCCAAUAGUGUCUUUGAUAGUCGUAUGAUGAGCCAUCACCAAGCUGCAGCUGCUGCAGCCGCGGCAGCACAGCAACAAGCAAUGCAGUUCCAGCAACAGUAUCAGCAACAACAGUACUGA